UGGAUACUUUCUAUCUCCUUUAUUUGGAUCCUGGUGCAAGUGAUGCAUGUCCACAAAUCAAAACCUAUCAAUUAACAUGUAUAUGCCUUUCACUUUUUUUUUGCUUAUAAAAAAAAGACAUGUAUAUGCCUUUCACUUUCUGACUUUUUCAUUUGCUCUUUCCAUAAAGAACUUAAACAAGUUUCAAUUUCAUCUUUAUUCUGCUCCUCUUUUUCAUUAAAAAAAAUCACAAUUAUAUUCAUACAUAGCUUCUCACCUCUUGCUCCUGAAAAAUGAAAUUGUGAUGAAGCCAAUUGAAGGUAUUGUGGUGACAAACACAUGUCCAAAGCCUGAAUCCAUGCUGGAGAUCAAGAAGGCAAGGCCACAGAAAGAAGAAGCUGUGAACUGUCCAAGGUGUCACUCAAUCAACACCAAGUUCUGCUACUACAACAACUAUAGCCUCACUCAGCCCAGGUACUUCUGCAAGACUUGCAGAAGGUACUGGACUGAAGGCGGGUCCCUCCGAAACAUCCCAGUAGGAGGUGGAUCAAGGAAGAACAAGCACAGAUCUAAUUCUGUUAUUUCUACACCUUCAACAACCAGUAAUAAGAAUCUUCCUGAUCUGGUCACACCAACUUGCACUCCAAACCCUAAGAUUUUCAAUGAUGGCCAAGAUCUGAAUUUGGGGUUCCCAAAAAUCUCUGAAUUGGUUCAUCAAAACAACAACACUUCUUUUUGUUCAACUACUACAUCUUCAACUUCUCACCUUUCAGCAUUGGGGCUUCUUACUGGGAUCACUUCUUCUUCUUCAAGUUCUAGGGGUUUGCAAUAUUCUUUCAUGCCUGUACCAGUUUCAGCUGAUCCAAACACUGUUUACACUACUUGUGGGUUUCCUAUGCAUGAUUUUAAGCCAACCCUGAAUUUCACUCUAGAUGGGAAUGGAAGUGAUUAUGCAAGUUUUCAGGGUCAUGUUCAAGAUACAAGUACUGGGAGGGUUUUGUUCCCGUUUGAGGAUUUGAAACAGGUGUCUAGCACCACAGCAAGAAUGGAUCACAAUAAUGAUAAGGAGGUGCAACAAGGAGAUUCAGCUGGGUAUUGGAGUGGAAUGUUAGGUGGUGGUGGAUCAUGGUAAUUAAAGAAAGGAAAGUCAUAAAAUAUUUAGUUUCUUAAUUACUCUUGUGUUCUAUUAAUAUUUUGUGAAUUUUACUUUUGAACCUUUUUUAUGGGUUUAAUGAGUUCCUUUUGGGGACUCCAUCACUGGUUUGGAUUUCUUCAUAAUUAACUAGCUAGCUAACAGCUGAAGGCCAUGAAUUAUACAUGAGUUUCCUAUAUAUCUAGCUCCUUUUCAUUUCAUGAGCAGUGGGGAUUUCGAAAUGAAGCUUAUUUUCAGCAGGUUUCAAAUUCUGUACUCAGAUUGCAUUUUAUAAUGUGUAAAGAAAGAAGAGAUAUCAAGUUUAACCCCA